UGUCCCCCCUCCUGUCUCGAAUCUCCAACUUUGUCAUUCCUCGAGUUGCUUUCUAGUCCCAACGUCCCGAUGAACGUUUCAACCUCAUAGGCUCUUUUCUCGGGGCUCUCCCUUACAUUUCAUCCCAUACUCCCAAACUCAUCCACCAUUUAGCUCCAAAAGGUCCCCACGAGGCUGGAAAUUAAAGCCGCCCUAGUGCCGAGCAGGGGUCUUAAUGUUCGACCUCUUCGAGCAUUCCCACGGAUCUUUCCGUGCCCAGAGCUCCCUGCUGAUUUCCCUUUGCCGUCUUACUUUCCCUCCCCCCCACAUCCGGAGCUUGUCUUUUUUUUUUUUUUUUUCUGCCGGAAACCCCCCAAUCCUCCAUCCUCCGUCCUCUGACUGGCCGCCUUCGUUAUCCAACAUCGUCGCGCCGCAACUUCCCGCAAACAACACGCGCGACUGAACCCCCAAUCGCUCAUCGCCCGCCAUGGACGACCAAGACAUCGCCGCCGAGAUCGACCCCGAGAUGGCCGCCUUCAUGGGCUUCGCCUCCUUCGGUACCCAGCCCGCCGCCAAGAAGCGCAAGUACAACCACCGAACCGACGCCGUCUCCGACGCCGACACCGAUGCCGGCCACGCCCCCGCCCGCGCCUCCGCCACAGGCGCGAACCAGACCGCCCUCGCCGCCCGCACGCCGCGUGCCGUUUCGACCGAGACCCCCGCCGCGCCACCGCCGGCCAACACCGAUGAGAUAGCCCUCGACGACGACGACGACGACAUCGCCGUCGUCGAUGCCGACAGACCGUCUGCUGCGGAAGACCAAGAUCUUGAAGACGGCGGCGCCAGGAUCUACUCGGACCCCUCCAUCGCUCCCGCCCUCGCCCAUGCCCAGAGCCUCAUCGACGAACUGUCCACCCGCGCUGGCGACGGCGACGCAGCCGCUCCGUCGGAAGAAUCCGCUACUCCCGCGUCCAUCACUCUCCCCUCCUCCUCCUCCUCCUCCGCGGCGCUGCCCCGACGCCCCGACGCGUCGUGGGGCAAGGAGAUGGGGUCCGUCCCGACGACGAUGCCCACGAGGGAGCGGCCCGCGCAGGCGCCGGCUGCCGGCCAUCAGCCCCGUGGCGGUGGUGGUGGUGGACACUACCAGCAACAUCAGGGGAAAGACGGGAAGCCCUGGUGGGAGGGCUACUAUGACCGCGCAUCCAACGAGAACCCGUGGGAUAGGCUCGAGAAGAAGGCCGGUGUCCAGUCGAGGGGGUCUUGGGUGUCUCGGGGCCAGGCUCAGACGGCUUGAAGUCGAUUUCUGAUGGAGGCUUGUUGUUGCUGAUGGGAAGGGGGAAUCCUUGGAGCCCGGACUGGAUGGAAGCAUGUAUGCAUGGCAUGAGUCACCACCAGCCCAUACGAACGAUACUGCGGGCGUCUUUCACACAUCAACCCCCCAUUCGUUUGGGCAUACCGACACACGAGUCACCAACACCUUCACCGACAUUACGUGAUACUCCUGACUGCACUGGAUCACGAUAAGAAAGGGCACCACGUCUCAUCACAUGAUACAUGGCUCAACCUUCAGGGAUCCCUACCCACCCCACCCC